AUGGAGAGACUGUGGAUGACUGUGGCCACGUGUGUCCUGGCCUCCCGCUGCACAAGAGGAAGUGAGUGGUGGUGGGAGUAUGAAGAAGGAAUAAGCCACUACAGCAAAGAAGCUCUGACCCAGGAGUUCCCAGAGAAAACACGUCCGGUCAGUUUCAAACAUCCAGUGUUUGAGUGCCCCGACAUGAGGCCGUCCCCGUCUGUGCCCAGCUCAGUUGAAUUGGUGAAAGCUGCUGACAUCAAGAUCAUCGCUGCUCUGGGAGACUCUCUGACUACAGCCAUAGGGGCAAACGCCUCCAACGUCUUGGGGAUCCCCAUUGAGUUUCGCCACGUGUCCUGGAGCAUCGGUGGAUACGGCUCGUUUGAAGAUGUCAUUACUCUGGCAAACAUCAUCAAACUGUUCAACCCGUCGCUCCUGGGGGCCGCCCCGGGGAAGACGGUCCACGGGAUGCAGGCUCACAUCAGCGACACGGGCUUCAAUCUGGCUGUGACGGGACACAACACUUUCAACCUCCCUGGACAGACCAGGAACCUGAUCGACACGCUCCGAGGACACGAGGGUUUGAACUUUGAGGAGGACUGGAAGCUGCUGACGAUUCUGAUGGGAAUGAACGACAUCUGCGAUUACUGCAAAGACAAGGCUCUGUUUUCUGUGGACAACUUCAUCCACUACAUGACCGUGUCCCUGGAGAUGCUCAUGAACGAGGUUCCUCGUCUGAUUGUCAACGUGGUGCAGAUUUUGCCCAUGAAGAGUCUGAGGGAGGUGCAGAGGCCUACACCGGGGUGUCUGCUGCAGAGGUCGUUCUGCUCGUGUCUCAUCGAGCCGGUUUCUGGCUCUCCUCCGCUUCAGGAGCUGCUGCAAGUCAACGUGGAGUUUCAGAAGCGGCUGGAGAAUCUGCUCCACACUGACCGAUUCUUCAGACAGGACUUUGCUGUGAUCCUUCAGCCGUUCCUGAAGCAUGCCGACCCCCCGCGCCUCCCGAGCGGGAAGAUCGACAUGUCUUUCUUCACUCACGACUGCUUCCACUUCACCAUAAGAGGACACGAGGAGCUGGCCAAAGGACUGUGGAACAAUAUGUUUCAGUCUGACGGUGAAAAGACAAAAGUGGAUAGUUUCUCUGACCCCAUCACUCUGAUCUGUCCUCCAGCUGAGCAUCCGUACAUCUAUACUCGGCCCGUGUCCACGCGCUCGGGAUCCACCUCUCAUCACGACCACAGACUCUUCAUCAUCCUCCUCUUCAUCACUAUAACACAACUCGCUUCCCAUCCCUCCACACACCGCGCUCUGCUCCGGAGCUCUGCAGACGGAGAGGCGCGGAUCGAGAGACCACCGCAGCAUCACCGCAAGCCGGCCACAGCGAGAGACGGGAGGCGGCGCGGAGCUCAGCAUGCGCCCGUGAGAUCCAGCACCAACCCACCCGCGAAUCCAGCGCACCACGCCGCCGUUUGCACUGCUCUGACUCGGUCCUUUUCCCCCGUGGUUCGUGCGCACCUGAGUGACAGCAUGUACGGCAGAGUGCUCCUCCUGCUUGCGGUCCUGUGCACCAGCGGCUGUUCAUUGCCGGUGACUUCGGGUCACCUGGAGAGUGAAGAUGUCAAGGUGCUGAAGUGCAUCGUGGAAGCAUUGGCCGACGUGCUGUCUAAGCCCCACCCCUUGCCUGUCAGUCAAGACUGUCUGAUCACGCUCACCACCGAUGAGCGGCUUGUUUCGAUCCUUCGACACCAGAACUUCCUGAAUGAGCUGCUGGAGAUUGCGAUGGAAGGAGGUCAGAAAAGAGCUCAAGACGUCACUGACCUUCCCCAGACUCAAAGUGCGGAUGACAGCCCUGAUCGAUCCAUGCUGGAGGCUGCUGGGGGGCCGGGGGAGCGAUCCAUCCGGUCCCAGCUGAGGAGGGGGUCCGUGGGGGAGACAGCGGAGGAGCAGAGGGGGGAGGAGGAGGAGGAGGGAGGGAAGACUGACCAGGCAGGACCACAGCAGAGCCACUGGAGAAGCAAGGAGAAGAAAGAUUCUGAGCACGGUGAAAAAAAAGCGACCAUACCACCAAGACAGAAAGAGGAAAAGCAGACACUGAAAGAGGAGAGGAGGAGCGGACUGAAGCUGUGGGACAAACGGGACAAGAGGGCUCAGAAGAAGAAGGCCCUCGAGGAGCAGCCGGAGAAGAGGGUGCGAGACGAGACUCCACAUCAUUCAAAGGAAGUGACGAAACCGGAAGUCAGUCCAGAGGAGGCGGAGCUACAGCUGAUCGCAUACGAGGACGGGGGCAGCGGCGGCAGCAAGAGGGAGACUGAGGUGGAGAGUUUGGAAACCAUCGAGUCGCAGCUGGAGAAUGUGGCUCAGAAACUGCACCAGCUGAGACGAGCCGAGAGGGGGCAGCAGAGGGCCUGA